AUGGCUCUGACUGGGGGGUGGGGGUGCUUUCAGGAUCUGGGGAAGCGUCUGUUCAAACGGCGGCGCGUUCUGGGGCAGGAGAAGAAGAAGAGGCACCAGAUCGUGGGAGCCAUCGUGGACGAAGGUCUCAUCACCGUCCACCACCUGAAGAAGAGACGUGGAGCCAACACCACCGAAGAAGAAGCCCCCCCCGGCCCCCGCCCAGAAGAAGAAGAAGCAGAAGCAGAAAAUGGCCGCCGACGUGGAGAUGGCCGACGUGGACUGACCCGCCUACGGAGGCCCGGGGGGGCCAAAACCAGAGACCAGACCAGAGGGGGGUCCCGGGUCUGGUCCAGGACCAGGAACCGGGUCCUGGACCCGCUCGGACCCCCAGCUGUGGCCACGGAGGUCCCUGAAGGCACCAUCGGACUGGGGAGGCCUCUGAUUGGCUCAUUAAACGCUGCUUCCUCCCACUUCCUGUUUGGCUUAAAUGGUUCUGGAGGAGACCCAGAGCUACAGGGUCCAGUUUUACUGAAGACCCAGAGACCGGGUCCAGUUCUAGAGGAGACCCAGAUCCACAGAGACCUGGGUCCAGUUCUAGAGGAGACCCAGAUCCACAGGGUCCAGGGCCGUCUCACCUGUUCCAACACCCGGACUGGACCAAGACCGGAUCCGGCUGGAGACCCGGACUGGAGAACCGGCUGGUUUCCGGCUAGUCCUGGACUCCUGGCUGGACCUGGACCCCGGAUAGAGGGACUAGACCCCCUUCUGGAGAGGCUGGACCCGGACUGGACCUGGACCCCCUUCUGGAGACGCUGGACCCGGACCGGAUCCGGACUGGAGACCCAGCUGGUGUCCCGGCUAGUCCUGGACUCCUGGCUGGACCUGGACCCCAACUAG